UGUCACGUUCUGCCCCGCUCUGUCAGUCGGUCGUGUUUUGUGGAUUUGUGCAUUUGAAGUGAGCUGUUAGCUGUGGUUAGCCAGCCUGUCGUUUGCUGGAGCUGCAGUGCUGAAGUUUGCCUUCUUCUGCUGGGAACAUAUUCCUUCGCAUUUCAUGAAUGCAUGCUGUUCAUUGCUAUUGCAUCCUUUAACACAUACUUUGUCAUCAUCGUGUUGAAGUUCGCCACAUUUGUUUGCCAGAUGUUGGCUUGAAUGGUGUGUUUGUGGAGGUGACAGUGCUGGUGUAACACAACAUCGCCUCCUGUCACGCAGCAACCACAAUGCAACAAGUCUUAGAAUAUGCAUUGGAUCGGGCUGAGUACAUUGUUGAAAGUGCUCGUCAGCAACCAGCGAAGAGACGAGUAUCCUCGAGUGGAAGGAAAUCCUUAUAUCAGAAACUUUAUGAAUUGUACAUUGAACAGUGUGAAAAAGAACCAGAGUUGAAGAAACUGAGGAGAAAUGUGAAUCUACUAGAGAAGCUGGUCUCACAGGAGUCAGUCUCAUGUCUGGUGGUCAACCUGUACCCUGGAAAUGAAGGAUACUCACUUAUGCUUAGAGGAAAAAAUGGAUCUGAUUCAGAAACAAUCCGACUUCGCUAUGAAGAAACAGAGUUACUGGAGUACCUGGAUGCCGAGGAGCUGCCGCCCAUUCUUGUAGACCUUCUAGAAAAAUCGCAGGUGAACAUAUUCCACUGUGGCUGUGUCAUAGCUGAGGUCAGGGACUACCGACAGUCUGGAAAUGCAAAGAUGCCCACCUACCAGAGCCGGCACAUCCUGCUGAGACCCACUAUGCAGACCCUGAUCUGUGACGUUCAUGCUAUGACAAGUGAUCACCACAAGUGGACACAGUGUGUGGACAUGUGGAAACAGAGCAGUUGUCAGCUGACUGUCCCAUCAGAAAUUGAUGUGGAGAAAUAUGCAGUGGCAGAGAAGUCUGUCAAACUAGAUGACACUCAGCCCACUGUUUGGCCUGCACAGGACGUGAGGGACGACUACAUUUUCGAGUGUGAGGUAGGAGGUCAGCCUCAAAGAACAAAAGUCACUAUUUUCCAGUCUAAGGGGGACCCGCUGGUAUUUGGGAAAAUCUUCUGCACCAAAGACUCCAAAUCAGAGGAGGAUGUGACAGACCUGCACCUCAUUCACCCACCAUUCCUCAUAGGUUCAAAAACAGACGCUGAUCAGUUUCUGACGCAGUAUAAGGAGGUUUAUGAACGAGACGUGAAGUGUCAGGUGAAGAUGUUGCACAACUCAGGCAGCACAGGGUCCCAAGGCCAGCUCUCCCCCUCCAGGGAAAAUGAGGCUGAUGGAUUCUCAGCUCUGGUCCAGUCUUCGGUUUUAGGAAAGGGCGUCAAACACUUUUUUUAUUAUUAUCAGUAUGAAACUGACGAUAAACUUCAGCUGGAGAGUCAGUUGAUUCUGGCCACAGCGGAGCCUCUGUGUCUGGACCCCUCCAUCUCUGUCAGCUGCACCACCAACCGUCUGCUCUACAACAAACAGAAGAUGAGCACACGAUCCAUGAAACGUGUACAAACAAGCACUCCCUCCCUUUGUCUAGGUAACCCGUACAGUACACAGGCCUCAAGCGGCCAUCUCAAGUGCCCGACCCCUCCACCCACAAAGAAUCAGUCGCUCUCCCGGAAACACUCCAUGGAGCUUGGCCUGUUGUCCCCUGCUGCUCUCUCGCCCAUGCAGAGAUCAGGUACUCCCAAGCCCUCCACACCCACACCCACCAACACGCCGUGUUCAACGCCCCACCCCGCCGACGUUCAGUGUGCCACACCUUCAGUAAUGCCCACCCCUCAGGACCCCGCCCUUCCACAGCAGCCCACCCUGCUGACUCCCUUCGCCCAACAGCAGAUGACCCUGCCUGUCAUGACUAUUCCCCUGCCCACGUCCAGCACCACAUCGUCACAGGUCAUGACAAACCCAGCAGGGCUCAACUUCAUCAAUGUGGUGGGCCCGGUUUGCAGUCCACAGACUCUGAUGAGCGGUUCUAACCCAAUGCUGGGUUGUAGUCCUGGUACUCUGGCGUCUGGUAUACCCCUGAGUGGACUUCUGCCCUCUGCUGGUCUCAUGUCUGGAGCUCUUCCUGCCAUGCAGCCUGCAGCUCCAGCAGGUGGGCCUUUUGGGCUGAACAACAGCCCGGGACUGCGACCGCUGAACCUUCUUCAGACGUUCUCCCCUCAACAGCAAAGCAGUCAGUCCGCCACAUCCAGCCCCCAGCAGCAGGGGGACGCGGCUGAUCUGGGUCUGACGGCAGAACAGGGUCUGUCCGCACAACAGACGGCGGUCAUCAAUCUCACCGGAGUGGGGGGAUUCAUGUCUCCUCAGGCAGCAGUUGCAAUUCUUGCAGCACCAAAUGCAACAGCAGCAAAUGGGUAUGGCAGUGGGGGCGGCAGCACAGGCGGCGCUGCCACGGCAACAUUCCGCCAACCAGCCAAAAAGUAAGAGGAAACGCAGCACGCCACAGCCCCUCCCCAAAUCAUGACCUCCAGCCAGACCGCAGCAAACGGCACUGUGCUCGAUCGCCAGCAUUGUACGGACUGACUGCGGCUUGACCGGACUAAAGUUGUUUUUUUUAUGUUCAUAGGGGUGCAGGAAUUGCCCUCCUGAC